AAUUUGCCGUCUUUCCUUCACUAGAUCACUACGGCAAAAACCACCGUCACCGCAGGAUGAACAACUCGUUGACAUGCUCAUCCUCCUCGAAGAAGAGCCACGCAAGCAAGCCGAGACCUGUCGUCGAGCUGUCGCUCUUCACUCUCCCACUGAUUUUCUUUCCGGGCGCGAUCCAUCUUGUCCAGAUCUCGAGUUCCGGGCGCGAUUCUUCGGCUGCGUGGGUGAAGCGGGAGGGCAUGGGAAUGGACAGAAGGCGAUUCCGUGCGCGAUCUAUUCUCCUCCUUCUGGGAUUCCAUCGAGCUUCUUCCGGCGGAUGGGAUUAAUUAAAACGGGAGGGCAGGGGAAUAGAAAAAAGGCGAUUUUCCUGGCGGAUUUGGGUUUUGGAGGGAUAUUAAUAAUGGAGAAGCGGAAGCGUGUUUCUACGAGUGAGCUUUUCAAGGGAAGGGUUUAUUGGAGCUUCACGGGUGCGUUGGUUCGUUGAUUGACGAGACCAUAGCGGUUGCUCUCCCACUGUUCAAUUCUCCUACCUUCGCCGGCGAAUUGAUAGCAAAGCGAAUUCCGAUUCCGGUAGAGUAGGGUUCGGAAAGGAAUUUGAACUUUCAAAGGUUUGGCUGAAUGAUUCUAUGUUUCUAAGAGAGAGCUUUUGAGGGAGGGGCUUUGGUUUGAAGUCCUUCGUCUGGAGCCCGUUUGAAGGUGCGUUGAGGGAGCAGCAGACGCUGCUGGAGUUGGAAGACACAGCGACGAGGAUGAAGCCGGAGAAGGAGAAGAACAAAGAGAGUGAGGCCAUAUUUUAUAUUUUUUUUUAAAUGACAUGUCAUUAAGUUAACGGUCCAGUCAACACUUUCGUUUGCCACGUCAUUAAAAAUCUGACGGCGUUAACAGAGUUUGACGGAGACUGACGGUCGAUGACUAACGGUGAAACAAAUUGUAAAGUUAGUG